UGUUAGAAAAAGAACAAUGCUGCAGCUACAAGAAGAGUCUAUACCAUCUCUAGAUGAAGCAAACACACAAGAAAUCCCUACUAUCGAGAUUACCCCCGAUGCUGAGGAAAAUGCAGCAGAGAUUGUUGAAGAAAAUCAAGCUGACCAAUCAGAGUUGAUUAGUUCAAAAAAGAAUAAGAAGAUGAAAUUUGGGAAAGUACUGAAAGGUAAGAUGAAAGUGGCGAAAAUGAAGGGGAAGGCCAAGAAAGGUUCGACUGGAAACGAAUCAGAAAGUGUUGCUGACGAUUUGGUAAUUGAGAGUAGUAAGGUUAUAAAUGAGGAAGAUAUCAGCGAGAGAGAUGGUAAAAGUAUUGAUGAACCUGUUCCAUUAGAAGACGACAUUGCUGAGACAAAUGAGGCAGAGGAAGACGCGGGAGAAAGCAAAACUAAAUCUGAAAAGGCAAAGAAGAAGUUCAAAAACAAGUUUUCAAUGCUUGGAAAUAAGUUGAAAUCUAAGGGAAAGUCCAAAAUGAAAGGGAAAAAGAAAACCGCUGAUAAAGACGCUCUCGUGGAGGCUGAAGAAGAGGAAGCAGAUGGGGACAAGGGAGAGGAGGAGGAUGAAGAAAAAGUGGAGGUAGAAGAAGAUGAGGAUGUUGGAGCUAAACAGAUUGAUAGUGAAGAUGAAGCUGAGGAAGAACUGGACGAAGAGGAACCUUCACUCAAAGAUGAACAAGAAGUUGCUACUCCAGAGAAAACACCAGAUUCCCCAAUGGGAACAAAAAUUAAAACCGUUUCAUCUGGUCAAACUCUCGAAACAUCACCUGUCUCACCAACUGAUAGUUCUAAGUUCGAAAAUGCUCGGGAAGCAAGGAGGCAGGCCCGACGGAAACUUCUUGAAAAAAUGGAAGAUGAGGGGAAGUUGACGAAGGAUGAUUCUAGAGUGACAGUGAUAACACCUGAGCCGUCAAAAAAGGUUGAGACAGUUGAAUCUCAUACUGAGGAUAUUCCUAAAAGGAGAAAUCGACGACGAAAGCGUGACCUGCCUGAUCCAGAAAGUCAGGAAACUCCAGAAGAGAGUCUUGCACCGCUCAGUCCUACACCUGGCAGUCCUACCCCUGAUGUAUCUGCUGCUGAGGCCAACAUGGUGCCAUCUCCUAGAGAGAAGAAGAAGAAACGGAGAAAGAAGAAGGCUAAACAGGGUUUAGAAACUGAAGUUGAUGGAGGGGCAGUCCUAUCUGAAAAAGAUGAAGAUGUCAUAAUCUCAAACAAAGCAGUGUUAUCAGCAGAAGCUGAGGAACCACAGACUCCGGAAAAGCAGAAGACUAGUACCCUCAGGAAAUUAAUGCCCAAUAAAAAGAGCAAAGGAGGGCCGUCUCCGAAGAAUGCAGAAAAGGAACCAAUAGCAACAGUCCUCUCCUCACCAGCUAUCAGACAGUUAGACUCAGCUAUGAGUGUAAAGGUUCACUACGCCGACCACCUCUACCCUACCCUCUACCUCCUCCAUCCACUGGUUAGAAUUCACGUGCUGGACAGCAAGACGGGUAAACCUUUACCCUCAACUUUAGGUGAUGCACGGUACAGCACUAUACAGCCUCUGUUGACAGAGCCGUUUGAUUUGAGGAUUAAUAAGACUAUGUCCCCCUGUUGGGAGGAGCAGCUUCUUAUUCCCGAGCAUUACAAUAGUAUUAUUGGUAAUGAUAACGCUAUGUUGUUUCUCGAGAUAGUUGAUAUAGUCCCAGCACGAGCUCUUAAAAAGCACAAGACAGGAUGGAAUCUCAUAGCUUGGGCCUUCUUGAAACUAAAAUCAGGACAGGGUGGACACAAUGUUAACAGAAAACUGAGACUACAACUGUUCAGAUAUCCGAUCAUUGAACAAAGUAUAUCAGACAUCUUCCUAGGACUCAGCCGAACAAAGUACCCCAGUACCAUGUACGUGACAGUGGGUAACAUCACGGACAAGUCUGUGUUGUCCAGCUUGUACGUGGACCAGGUAGCGGCCCAGAACCCGGCUCUCUCCCAGUAUAUUGAGCAGGUUGUUCAGGAGUCUACUUCACCGAAUGAGCAGGUUGCAACAAAAGUACAGAAGCCCACGUGGAGUCGCGCCCCCGGCCAGAUGUGCAAGAUUCCAAAAACAGAACAUUUUGAGAUUCCUACACCAGAGAUGGGCUGCCUUCUCAUGUGCUUCUCUAAUGAUGGCAGAUGGCUGGCAUGCGGAUGUGUGGGUAAAGACAGUCACCCUAUUCUGGUUUACAGCAUACCCGACGGGAUACACCAGUACACCCUUACUGGACACUACAACAUUGUAUACGAUCUCAAGUGGUACAAGCAUUCUCUCCUUUCCGCUUCCUCCGAUUGUACCGCUCGAGUUUGGAAGAAUGGUCAACAAGCAAAACAAAUGGCUCACCCCUGUUUUGUGUACAGUGCUAAGUGGGUGGACAAAAGAAAGGUUAUAACUGGAAGCUACGACAGAACCCUCCGGAUCUGGGAUACGAACUGUGCGGGAGAGAACUGUGCACUGUUAGCUCAGCUACACGGACACACUGGGCACAUCAACUCUAUCGUGUUCAAGGGAAACGAUACUCUCUACAGUGGUGACAGUAAAGGUCAGAUUAUUGAGUGGAAUGGAGGGGGCUCAGCCUGGUCACAGUCCGAAACAGUGCAACCUCCUGAACUAAAGGACGUGCCUAUCUCGGUGUUACUGCUGCAUCCCAACAAACGGAGAAUGUUUGUUCAGUCACGUGACAGUCACGUGAGACUGGUGGAUCUGAGGAUCAGGGCGGUUACUCAGCGCUACACUGGCCACACCAAUACGAGGGAGUACAUCCGGUGUUCGGUAUCACCCUGUGGUACAUAUCUCUUAUCUGCAUCUGAAGAUGGUAACGUCUUUGUCUGGCUCGUAGAAACUGGGGAGCUGAGUUACACCUACAAACUGGGUCUCCCACACAGCACAUCUGACGUCAAGUUUCAUCCUCAUGAUAAUUUUGUGGCCAUCUCCGCAUUUGGAUCCUCUCUCUCUGUUCAGUUUUACAACAGACAGGAUACUGUCCAGGAGCUGGCAAAUGUUCCUGGGGCUGGUAUGAAGAUGGAGGUGAUUAAAGAGAAGCUGCUGACUGUCUCACCCUCUAAAGGAAGUCUUAACGCUGCUCUAGCAGAGACGAGAAACAAGCUGAAACUACCCGGUGACAAGAGCGGUCUGGUUCAGAGCACACCCAUUAACCCUGGUAUGUCUAUCACCCUGACUCCUGGUAUAGCGCAGAUAUCAGGCCUUCCUCGGGAUAACUUCAUCAAGUUACGAGUAUUGCACGACUACGCUGCUCAGCGUAGUGAUGAGAUAGGACUGAGGGCUGGAGAGUUUGUUAAACUAGUAUACAUGGACACUGACGGAUGGUGGGUAGGGGAGAACAAGGCCGGACAACAGGGCUACUUUCCUGCCAACCACGUGGACCAGCCGACCCCCGCUCAGUCCCUCCCUUUCAAGUCACUCAAUAACUCUACUCUACAGCAGACUGCUUCUACUCCUAGAGCUAGACGAAAGAUUGAUUUCAAUAUGUCGCUUACGAACGGAGAAAAAGAGUGGCAAACAUUCGACUCUACAAUGCAUGUGCAGACAACAAGGUCCCCUGGUAACUUAUCUCCAAGAAUGUCAGAUAACGAGAGUUUAGCUUCCUCAACCAGGUCCGCUUCAAGGAGACGACAUACCUCUGCUAAAGUGGGUGCUGGAUCAGAUAGAGAGGGAUGAUAACCAAGAGAGAAUACCCCUCCACAUUCCUCCUCAUCCUGUGCUACAAGUCAUCUUAAUCCUGACUCAUCUCGACCUCUCAUUGUUAUCGAAUAGACAGAUGUAGUAUCUAGAGACCAGCUCAGCACCAGACAUUCCAACCAUGAUAUUGAUAUUUUGAGUGGCUGGCUAUUAAUAUCCCUCCUCCAUUAUAAUAUCUCCUCUUCUCUAAGAUAUUAUCCCACAGAACACAGAGUCUCGUUAGAGAGAGAACUGCUCCGCAGCUCGGCACAUUGUUCACAAGCCCAUAAUGUGUUGCCAUUUGGUAGGAUCAUGACGCCGCCUACACACCAACCAUCAUAAACACAGUUCAGGAACGAUUAAUUAGUUCCUUUAGGUUAGCCCGCAGUACAUCCUGCUAACCAGCAUAUUGGCGCCCAUUUUCCGCUCCAGCUUAGUGUAGCUCAAGACUACUAUCUUUAUUUCACAUCAGUGGCUUGUAUUAUGAUUAUAGAGUACAAUGUGAGGCCCUUCGUCAUGUUGUGUUCCAAGUACAUCAGGUCUCUUACCGGCUUUACCAGGUGGCACUCAUGAUGACUCACCUGAUCUGAACACGCACGCACGCACACACGCACACACCCACACACCCACACACCCACACACCCACACACCCACACACCCACACACACACACACACACACACACACACACACACACACACACACACACACACACACACACACACACACACACACACACACACACACACACACACACACACACACACACACACACACACACACACACACACACACACACACACACACACACACACACACACACACACACACACACACACACACACACACACACACACACACACACACACACACACACACACACACACACACUGCAACUGAUCUCCGUUCAGUUCCACUAUAUAUCUGUGUUUAAUGACUGAUCCUAAGCGGUCUUGUAAUAUCGGAUUGAUAUUUUACUGAGCCGUUAUAUUUCUUGGAAAAUGUAAAAUCGGAUUGAUCUUUUCUUGGGAGUAUAAUGACCAUUUUGACCAUUGUUAAGAAGAGUAGAUUGACGGCUAAUCCCGGACCACUCCUUUGUGAUGACAAGAGUAAUGCUUAUACCAGCUGUGCAUUUUUCUGUAUAAUGUUAUUUAUGUAUUAUAUUUAUGUGUGAUUAUGCUUUUUUGUAACAUUAUAUUUAGUGCGGGAUGUGUAAAUUGUCACACAUUUUAUUUUUUAUUUUCACAUUUAUUUAUUGUUACAAUAUGCGAUGAAUUUGUUUGUCAUAGAUUUUACAGUACUGAUUUAUUAUUAUUUAUAACC